AUGGAGAAGAAAAUCAUUAUUCUACUUUUCUGUUGCCUUCUUCACUUUGUUUCUGCUCAACUGCGAGUUGCUUUCUACAGCUCUACCUGUCCACGAGCAGAAACGAUUAUUCGACAAUUGGUGGAAAAUCGGUUUGGCGCUGAUAGAUCCAUUACCUAUAUCAUAACAGUGGCAACAAGAGACGCGGUUGUCUUAGCCGGAGGACCUCGUUACAACGUACCAACUGGAAGGCGGGCUGUUUUCGUCUCGGACUCAGCUGAAGUAAAUUUACCAGGCCCCUCAUUGUCUGUGCAAGAGGCGUUCCCAUUUUUCAGAGCAAAAGGGCUCACUUUGAAUGACAUGGUCACCCUUUUGGGUGCACAUACAGUUGGAGUAGCACACUGUGGCUUCUUUCAAGACCGCCUUUCGAAUUUUCAGGGCACCGGAAAGCCCGAUCCAACGCUGGAUUCCACGCUGGCUUCUAGACUCUUGAGGACUAGUGGAACAACAUCAAGGCCGUUGAACAGGGAUCCAACGGUGUUUUUGGAUCAAAACACAUCAUUUAUUUUUGAUCAUCAGUUCUACAAUCAAAUACGGUCCAAGAAAGGAAUUCUGCAGAUUGAUCAGCAGCUUGCAUUGGACAGAUCAACUGCACCUAUUGUAUCAAGUUUUGCAUCCAAUCCAAGUGCAUUUCAGCAGAACUUUGCAAAUGCUAUGAUCAAGUUGGCAAAUAUUCAAGUUCUUGUGGGAAAAGCUGGAGAAAUCAGGAAAAAUUGUAGGGUUUUUAAUCCAAAGUCUCGUAAAGGGUUUUAA